GCGAUCGUCACGUAUGUCUCGAGAGGUCCACGGCUGAUCUUGUUGCAGACUGUACUAGAAGUCUCUUUGGAAAUACCCUCGGAAUCGUAUAAAAAUUUAUCCAGGCUAAUUCAUGUUAAGGAUAUCCUCGGUUUUUUCUUCCUUAUCAUCCAAACAUUAAUAUUAUUCGUCAAGAUAUCUCUGAAACAUAUCUUGUUAACAAUAUUUCCAACAUAUCUUUCCUUAGUGCUGUUUCAAAUGGAUAUGCUGUACAUGAAUUGCGUUUGUCUAUUGAAAGUCUGUUUCAAGAAAAUUAACGAUAAUUUGACGAAAGUGCAGGAACUCAUAAUGAGCGAUAAACCUCAUCUACUCAGACGAAUCUAUCACACGCAGAAGAAUCCAUUUUUGCUGAUGAAACUUAAAGCCCUGAAGAAGCAACAUCUGAUGGUCAGCGACACAGUGCAGAUGCUGAAUAUGAUUUUCAGUUUGCAGAUCAUCGGUACCAUAGUCAUAAGUUUCUCUCAGAUCACUUUUAACCUGUACUUCUAUAUAGUUAUGUCCAUGGCCAAUGAAGACAAAGUAUUUUGGUACGCAUUUUUUAUGACGUCCGUGAUAUACUAUAUUAUAAAAAUAGUAUUGAUGGUAUGGGCUUGCAAUAGUGGGACAGAUCAAGCUGCGAAGAUUGGUAUCACCGUUCACGAUUUGAUUAACAAUACCAGUGAUAAGCAAAUCAAAGACGAGCUGCAACUAUUUUCUAUGCAAAUACUGCAUCGAGAAAACACAUUCUCUGCAAAAGGUCUCACUGUGGAUGCAACGCUUCUCGCUGCGAUGGUGGGUAGCAUUACUACGUAUCUAUUAAUCUUAAUACAAUUCUUGGUCACAUCACAUUCUUGCGAUGGACGAGCUGUCAGUAUUAGAGAAAUAGCCUAA